AGAAUUCCCAGAGCUCUGAUUCAGCAUUGGGAGCUUCUGCUCACAGUUUUCUUCACUGCUCUUGGGGUCCCCACACUAGGGCCCCUCUUUCUCUAAAUCCAGAUGAACAAGUUUCUCUUACUGAUGAGUCUUUACCUGCUUGGAUCUGCCAGAGGAACAUCAGGUCACCCUGAUGAACCUCCUGGCUCUAUAGAUCAUCACGCUUCAAUUCAACAACUUUCAGGUGAGUACUUUUCACUUGCAAACCCUUCAGAUGCUGAGGCUUUAUAUGAGACUGCUUCAAAAGGGAACACUUUAAGUGAGCAUGGUUCAAGUGAGCAUGGUUCAAAUGAGCACGCUGUGGCUGAGCACACUUCUGGAGAACAUGCUGCCAGUGAACACACUUCAGGUGAGCAUACUGCAAGUGAACAGUCUUCAGGUGAGCGCGCUGCAGGUGAACAGUCUUCCGGUGAGCACGCUGCAGGUGAACAGCCAUCGGGUGAGCAUGCUGCGGGUGAACAGCCUUCGGGUACGGCUGAACAGCCUUCGGCUACGGCUGAACAGACUUCCGGUGAGCAGGCUGCGACUGAACAGCCUUCGGCUGCGGCUGAACAGACUUCAGCUGCGGCUGAACAGACUUCCAGUGAACAGGCUUCGAGUGAGCAGGCUUCGGGUGAACAGUCUUCCAUUGAGCACACUGCGGCUGAACAGUCUUCUGGUGAGCAUGCUGCUGCUGAACAGUCUUCAGGUGAGCAUGCUGCUGCUGAACAGUCUUCAGGUGAGCAUGCUGCAGGUGAACAGUCCGCUGAGCAUGCUGCAGCUGAACAGGCUUCAGGUGAGCACGCUGUGGCUGAACAGACUACAGGGGAACAGCCUUCAGGUGUACCAUAUUCAACCACACCUUCAGGCAUAAUAUUAAGUUGCCAUGUAUGCGCUUAUAUGAAUGAUCAAGGAAAAUGUCUUCGUGGAGAGGGAAUUUGCACCACUCAGAAUUCCCAGCAGUGCAUGUUAAAGAAGAUCUUUGAAGGUGGAAAACUCCAAUUCAUGGUUCAGGGGUGUGAGAACAUGUGCCCAUCUAUGAACCUCUUCUCCCAUGGAACCAGGAUGCAAAUUAUAUGCUGCCGGAAUCAACCUUUCUGCAACAAGAUUUAGAAGCCUGUGCCCUUGCUUCUUGUUCUGACUUAGGCAGCAAAAAGGCUCCAUCACCCUACAUAGCUCAAUUUAUAUUUAGUUUCUUCUUCAGUCAACAACUAAUCACAUCUGCCUGAGCAUCAGACAGGAUAUUCAAACAUCUUAUCUUUUCUCUCCUAUUCAUGUCCUACUAUCCAUUCUUCUGUCCUCUGUUUUCCCUGCUUCAAACUCCCAUUUCUCAAAAUCCCUGACUUUUUUUUUUUUCAAUAAAUUCCACAUGGUUAAA